GCAAAAAAUUAACUGAUGCAUGUCCAGUAGGACAAGGCAUAUAGCAAAUGAGCUGUACAAUUUGUUAUUCUUUUGUUAUUUAUUGAGAUGCAAAUGAGCAUGAGGUGUUUUCUGGAACGCUGCACCUUAGUGGGCGCUCUUUGCGUGUUUAGCUUAAUUUCAGCAUUCUUUUCUAGGAAAUAAGGCGCAUUUGGCGCAGCAAGUUAUGGCACUAGUUUCUUUAAGUUUUAAAUUUUUUAGGGACUUGGAAACAGCCCUUGAGGCAGUUAAGAACGGUGAUGUCCGUCUUUCAGCGUUUCUUCUUAAAUCCAUAAAACAAGGUGGAUCGCUGUUACAACAGCACAUUGCACUCCUCCGUGAUCAGCUAAAAGAAUCCGAGAAAGAGUAUCAACAGAAGGUAGAAAUCCUUACCAGAGACAUGAACGAAUUGUACAAGCAGGAGGAGGAUAUAAAAAAGAAAAAAGAAAAACUGGAAACAAAGAAACACUUGUUGGCCAAUGAAAGGGAAUUGUGCAGUCGAAAGAAGGAGGAUGCAAGGAGGAGAUAUCAAGAGGCGCAGAAAGAGAUGAAGGAAGCUGAAAGCAAAAUGAAGGAAUAUCAUGAUUAUUGGUGGGUGCCCGUUUAUGGCACCUACCUUGUUCUUCGAGAAGUUUUUGAUUCCAACACGACAAAGAACCUUAACGCGUACAAAGAGAUGCAAGGAUAUGCAAGAGACAUGGAGAGAGCCGAGACAGACAUCGCAUGGGUGAACUCUGCCAUUUGGGAGGUACGGUUGUAAUUUUGUAUUUUACAUGUGUGGUGUUUACUCUCGUAUCCCCUGCAUGUCAAUUUGUGGCUCUUUUUUGCUCUAUCAGUAUGAACUAAAAUGUUGAGGAAUAUGUUUUACCUAUGAACGAGCUUUUCCCAAAGUCCUUAUGCCUAACAGUUCCUCCUUUUAUCCACAUUCCUAUUGCGAUAACUAGGCAUAUCUCACAGCGUUUUAAGGAAUAUUUGCCUCAAAGACAAAAUACAGUCGGUAGGUGCCGCGCUCUUUACAGUUGAAACUCAAUGCGAUAAGCUCUCCUCCAUAGCAGAGUAUUUUGAUGCACCCAAACUAUUUUACUAGUUGAGCAUCAACAUUGGUUUGGUGAUGAUACACAACUUUUUUACUCCAAGGAUAAUACUUUAUCAUAAGCUUCUCGUCAUAAAGGAAUGGUGGUAGUCUAUUACAUAUUACAAGCCAACUGGGAAAACUUUAAAUUGCAUCACAAGAGUAAAGGAAAGAAAAAAAAAAUAAACAUAUGACGAACCGAGCACAAUGUUUCAGACUUUUGGAUUUGGCAUUGCCACGGAUCUAACUGGUGUAGACAUUUAAUAUACAAAACUACUUGGUGUAUACUAGAACAGAAAAAAUUGUGUCAUGAAAACAAGAUAACGUAAUAGAAAAUAGUAUGUCUAAAGAUAUAUGGGCUAUGUAAAGUCCAUAUACUAUACAAACAUACAAACAAAUUACUCUUCAGAGUAAUUUUAGAAGAUACCGUUCGGGAAGUAGCCAUUAUGUUUCUAGAGGUACGCACAUUCCUCAGAAAUCAGAGAAACCGUUUGGCGGCUCUAGUUUCCACAUUCCUUUGGUCAAAUUUGCACUCAUGAGUUUUGGUGACUGGGGCGUUUGAGACCAAUGAUCCAAUUUAAGGUAUGGGACGAUGUCACUUGUCUUUUGGCGCCAAUGGUAUCAUUUGUAUUUGUGUUGAAAUGAAUGUCAGUCUAUUUUUCUAUCGGUAAAAUGUGUGAAAUGGCGGGCCUAUGGCGGAGUAACUUCUCUUGUGCCUGGUUGGGGAUAGGGGAAUUUAUUCCAGUGGUCCAUUGUUAUCAAUGGUACGAUUGGUACCAGUAGAAAUGGAUGUGAGAAUGUUGGUGAAAUGCAUCUCUGAAAAGAAACGUCAAAAGAGUAAUUUCUUAUUGUACCUGGCUAUGUAUAAAAUGGAGUUCAAAUGGUCCAUUGGUACACCCGGCCCCCUUGAACGAUUGGUUCCAGAAGAAAUGAAGGUCAUGUCUAUUUCGUCAAUUGGCGAAAUUCAUUUCGUCAUGUACACUUAGGUUUGUAAUUCCAUGUUGCUCAGUUGGGUAUAGCCGGCUAGCCGUAUAGGGAGAUUCUGGUGGGCCAUUAGAACCAACUGUAGAAGGCGAUUCAAGAGCUUUGACCCAACUGGGCAAGGAGACGGCUGAAAUUCAAGCUUUAAUGAACAGUAGAACGGGAUAAAUUAAAUAAUGCCCUUUCUAGGUGAUGAUGAAAUAAUGAAAUAAUUUUCGAGGUAUUGGAAUUAUAACUCAACCUGUUAGUCAUUUCCUCCCCCCCUAGCAUAGCGUUUUUGUAACACGUGACUGAUCAAAGGGUUACAUAUCUUUGUUGAUCGUGGGUUUUUUUUGUUGUUUUUGAAGAUGUUAUAAAUAAAAACACUAGGGAAACUUUGUUGUCAUCGAUAACAGUCUAUUUAGGUUUGAAAAAUGUUAUCGUGAUUUAACUGGCGAUUUAAUUGGUUACUGUUUUCCUGGCUCAAGAACCAAUGUUGCAUUGUAGUUUGUUCUCAUUAUCAGCUUACUAACUCAUUCGCGUUUUUUUUUGUCGUCAUUGUUGUUAUGUUGCUUUUCAUAAAGUUAUAGAAUAUCCAGUUACCUUUCAGGUGGAGAGGGAGCAAAAUAAGAUUUUAAGAAAAGUGGAAGACCUAAAAAGGCAGAGAGAUGCAUGCCAUGAAAAACUAGGAGACAUCAAGACCUCAACUUCAUUUGUUAUUCAAACUGUUCGAUCCUGCGAUGAGGUAGGCAUGCUUACCAAUGCAGCAACAAUAAAAACUGAACAGCUUCAAAUUUUAAUGGAUCUGGUUGCCGAGGAAAACACUGAAAGGUUUCUCAGCAGCAAGGGUCUACAGACCAAGAUAACUUCAUUCGAAGAACGCUGGAUGAAAGUGGCAGAGAUGAUUACUUCAGAAAAGAACAACCUGACUAUAAAUGGUUUGCUGGUCACAAAAACAGAUAUGUCACUGAAACAUUGACAGAGGUACAGUCUCAUUCUCGAGGAAUCAGCAUCCUCAGGGAAGCUCCGUCCUUGUCUUAAAAUUUUCCAGCAAAACAAAACAUUGACCUGUAAAACAACAAGUCAUGGCUUAUCCAAAGUGAAGAAAUAUUUCGAGGCGUGGCUAAGGAAGAUUUUAAGGUCAAGUCUACUGUGCCUUUGCCUACCUGUUUUAUCAAGGAAACCACCUUGGACAGAUUCUCUUUAAGUACACAUACCAGGGGCAUAGCUUUUUGUAGGUUAAUACGCAGUGGGUACCUAAGCAAAUGCCAAAAAAAAUGGAUAAACAAAUGAAAGGAAAUAAACAGAAGGGAAAUAAGCAGUAGCUGAAAAAAGAGCAACUGGAAACCAAAAUGAUGAAGUGUUUUCUCUGAUGUUGCUAGCAGAACACGGUCCUACGACCAGGAGAGAUAUGUUUACCUCAACGCACUGGUAGAGAUGAGAAUUUGUUUUAAUUCAUCUUGCUCGGGGAAACUAUUUGGGACUUGAUUCACUGUGUGUACCUCAGAAAAAUUCGUAGCUAUGCCCCUGCAUAUUGAUAUCUCGUAUCUUAGGUAGUUGUUGGUACUACAACUAUAUGUAUCAAGUACAUGCCAGGUAUUUCGCGAUAGCCCGGCUAGUAACUCCAGGUCCCCUUUUUAGAAAUUAAUCGCUGACCAGUUGACAAUUUUCUUUUUGAAUGGCAGGCUAAAUUUUCAGUUUUUGUCUCGAUUUUUUCUUUAAUUACUGAUUUCAAACAAGUUAAUUCCACUAUAUUUUUCUCACUUCGCAAUGGUUUAAAGUUUAUUUAAAGUGAAAUGUAGGAGCUCCACUUUUAGGCUUGGCCAAAUCUAUACUCAUCAAAUUUUAGUACACGUGUCGUGUAUAUACUUUUUGUAUGCAGUAGAAUGAUACUUCUGAGAUCCUUUACGGUUAUACUUUCUACUGUAGUCUUAUAAAUUAAGUGCCAUUC